ACAGAAAAUAACAAUAAUGCUCCAUUGCAAGAUGAUGUGUCACUAUCUAACUGGUUAAUGAAACCAAUGGAACAGAGUGCCCCUACUUGUGUGAUAUGUGGAUGACUGGAUUGCUUCUAAAGUUAAACAACCUCCACUAGCGACUUUCUUUGAGCAAAAAGAUUGGUUAUAAAAGACCAACCAUUUUCAUGUUACCGAAUGUCAUUUUUUUGAGGGAGAGAAAGAGAAGAGAGCAAAAUGAGCAUAAAUAGGAAUUUGUUGAAUAUCAUAAUAAUCCUUUGUGUAUGUCUCAAUUUGGGUUGUAACGAGGGAGCUCAAGAAAGAGAGAUUGAUGAUUCUCAUACAAUCCAAGUCAGCUCUCUCUUCCCAGCAUCAUCAUCAUCUUGUGUUCUUUCUCCCAGAGCGUCUACCACAAAGUCCUCACUGCACGUGACGCAUAGACACGGCACGUGCUCGCGUCUAAACAAUGGCAAAGCCACGAGUCCAGACCAUGUCGAGAUCCUAAGACUCGACCAGGCUCGCGUAAACUCAAUCCACUCAAAACUGUCGAAGAAACUCACAACAAAUCACGUCAGUCAAAGCCAGUCAACGGAUCUACCGGCUAAAGACGGAAGCACACUCGGGUCAGGAAACUACAUCGUGACGGUCGGGCUCGGGACACCAAAGAACGAUCUAUCACUAAUCUUCGACACCGGAAGCGAUUUAACGUGGACUCAAUGUCAGCCAUGUGUUCGAACUUGCUAUGACCAAAAGGAACCAAUCUUUAACCCUUCCAAGUCUACUUCUUACUACAACGUCUCCUGCUCAUCAGCAGCGUGUGGUUCCCUCUCUUCAGCUACAGGAAACGCCGGAAGUUGUUCGGCUUCGAAUUGCAUCUACGGUAUUCAAUACGGCGAUCAAUCAUUCUCCGUCGGAUUUCUCGCCAAGGAUAAAUUUACACUAACGAGCUCCGACGUAUUCGACGGUGUUUAUUUCGGUUGCGGUGAGAACAACCAAGGACUUUUCACCGGUGUCGCCGGACUUCUCGGUCUUGGCCGUGACAAGCUUUCAUUUCCGUCUCAGACGGCUACGGCUUACAAUAAGAUCUUCUCUUACUGUCUCCCUUCCUCCGCUAGCUACACCGGACAUCUCACCUUCGGAUCCGCCGGAAUCUCCAGAUCAGUAAAAUUCACACCGAUUUCAACCAUCACUGAUGGAACCUCCUUCUACGGCCUUAAUAUCGUCGCAAUCACCGUCGGCGGUCAGAAACUGCCGAUUCCUUCAACCGUCUUCUCUACUCCGGGAGCUUUAAUCGAUUCAGGAACCGUUAUCACUCGUCUCCCGCCAAAAGCCUACGCGGCGUUACGAAGCUCGUUCAAGGCGAAGAUGUCAAAGUAUCCGACCACGUCAGGCGUCUCGAUCUUGGACACGUGUUUCGAUCUCAGCGGAUUUAAGACGGUGACGAUCCCGAAAGUGGCGUUCUCUUUCAGCGGUGGCGCUGUCGUGGAGCUUGGCUCGAAAGGGAUAUUUUACGCGUUUAAGAUAUCACAGGUUUGUUUGGCGUUUGCAGGGAAUAGCGAUGACAGUAACGCUGCCAUCUUUGGAAACGUUCAGCAGCAAACGCUAGAAGUUGUGUAUGAUGGUGCGGGUGGGCGGGUCGGGUUUGCUCCAAAUGGGUGUAGUUAAGUUAGUUAAUGAAAAAAAAAAACGGGUAAUUUAAAAUUUAUGGAUUUGGCACAAAUUAGCUUUAUCCUUAAUUAAGUGUGUAAUUCGGGUAAAGAGCGUGCUGGUCUUUGAAGUACGUUUGUGUGAAUGAUACAGCAAUUACAAGAACCAACUGUUAAAUUUGUACAUUUUUAUUCCAAUACUAGAUGAAUAAUACAGAGUGAUGUUGGUAAA